AUGGAAGAAUCAGCUGAUCUCAAACGACAAAUCAAAGCAUUAGAAGAUCAGAAUUCAAGCCUAUUAGAACGUAGUCAUCAAGUGGAAGAUGAGUACCGUAAAGUAUUGGCUUUCAAGACAUUGAUGGAUUCCUAUAAAGAUCAAGUACAGCAAUUAGAAUCAAGUAACCGAGACAUCUUGAAAGAAAAGUCUCGGUUAGAAGAUGAAUUGAGCCGUAUGGCUGAUACCUGUGCUUAUUUAGAGACAGAAAGGGAUCGAAAUAUGGAACAAGUGCAGUUAUUAGAAGAACAUAUUAAGGAACUUGAAUUGGGUGAUGGACAGACAUUGGAUAAAGUAGUCAGCCAUCGUGCAAGUGUGGUAAUUGAAGAAGAUGGGCUACAGGAAGAUGGCAAUACCAUGGAAGAAAACAUGAAAAAAGCCAAUGAUUAUGAAGAUGUAUUACAAGAAAGAAAUCGAUUGCGACAAGAACUUGCACAGAUUCGAAAUGGUAUUCCUGACUCAUUACUUAACCAAACACAGACUAUCAUGGCAUUCCGUUCACGUAUUCUAGACUUGGAAAAAGAAUCCAGUAGUCUAAAGGAAAGUACUGUUCGAUUAGAAACCAUUGUGUCUGAAGGGACACGUAGUGUGGCCAAAGACAAGACAAGUCUAGAGAAUUUUGAAAAAGAACAUGCCAAGAUUCAAGACAGAGUCAACCGACUUGAAGAUAUCACUAAAAUGCAAUUACAUGAUAUCAACCGUAUGCUUGUUGAAGCCAACUAUUUGAAUGGUAUCAACAAUAACAGACAAGAAAAUGAAUCGUUUGAAGAAAGACCAGGUUUAAGCGAUCAUGAUUUAGAGGUCAUUAAAGAACAAAACGCAAGCCUACAAAUCCAUGUUCUUCACCUUCAAGAAGAAAUCAAUGAGACACAAGGCAAGAUACGUAAAGUCAGAGAUAUGAUCAAACUCUACCAUCAAUUAUUACAAGAAAUGACAAAACGAUUCUCUCAUGUACGCCCAACAGAUGAACCUACAGGACUUGUGAGUCGAACACCACGUACAAAAGAAGAAGAACAAGACUUGCUAAAGAAACAAAUUCAUGAUGUGCGUCAACAAUCCAAGAUUGAACAACAAUUGAUUAUUUCAGCUUGGUAUGAUCUCGUACGCCGUAAUGACAGAGGUGCUUCUCAUCUUGCUGUUCGAUCUACACCUUCAUCAUGGUUAGGCAGACAACGAAAAGCAUUGGAUGUUCAUCUAAGACAAAGACUAUGCUAA